AGCAGACGUACGCUGAAGAGUUGGGGAUGGAGUUUGGGGUAGAGUACGGGAAGGAAAUUCCUCUUCCUGUAGGGUUGAAGCUUUCAGAGUUUGACCAGGAUGAGGAAGUGGUAUCAUGGCCUUUUCGUGAGCUGAUAGGAUCAUUGAUGUGGCUGGCAACGCAAACGAGGCCAGAUAUCGCGAAUGCAGUAAGAGCGGUGGCACGGUACUGUGCCUCUCCAAAAGAGAUUCAUUGGAGAGCAGGGCUUGGGAUUUUGGGGUAUGUGGUAAGGACUAGUGACUUGGGUAUUACAUUCAGGAGGGGUAGUGUAGCAGGAUUAAGCAUGGAGGUGUUCGCAGACGCAGACUAUGCAAGUAAGGCUGCCGAUAGGAGGUCUGUGUCAGGGGGAUUGGUAAUGUGUGGGGGGGGAUGUAUGUCUUGGUUUUCAAGGACCCAGAAGUGCGUCACGUUGAGCACGACAGAGGCGGAGUAUGUAUCUCUCGCGGAUGUGAUGAAGGAAGUGUUGUUUCUGAGGCAGGUGCGGCGUUUCGUGUUACCAGAAGCAGGCAUGCCGUGUAUUCCGGUGUUAGAGGAUAACCAGGGGGCUAUUCAGUUGGCGCAAAACCCGAUAAGCAACAGUACCUCGAAGCACAUCGACGUAAGGCACCACUUUAUCAGGGAACUGGUACGCAGGAAGGAGAUAUCGAUUUUUCACGUGGAAUCGGCGUAUCAACAUGCUGACUUUCUCACGAAAGCACUUAACGCAGGAGAUUUUGAGUGUCAUCGUAACUACGUGAUGAGUAUGGAUUAUUAUAUUGGUGUUUGGAUUUAUUUUGUGUGUGAUCAAACAACUGGGGUGGCAACAUUUUACAUUUUUGCCUAUGGUAUUUCUCAAUGGAUGAUGUUCUAGGGUGGGGGACAACUAGUUCACUGAAGUUCGAAGAAGUAUAACUGGUAUGAUCGGGGAUGGUUAUUGAUGUCUAGCCAGUGAGGCUAUUGUUCUGGAGUUGAAUUGAGUUUCUGAUUUUAUAUUUAUUUUCUUGUGUUUUGGAGUUAUUCAGGAUCGAAAAAGACAUGGCAUGGUCACAAGCAGGGGGGGUGAUAGAUAUACUUGUAGCAAUGCCAAGUGGUUGUAGGAUUGUGUGGUACGUGGAAUGUAUUUCCAGGGUGUGCAAGGUACCCCUGUUGUUUACUGCGUCGCCCCCUCAUGGUGGUGUGUGCACGCGUGCGUUCAGUUCAUGUAAGUUCAUGUGAGUCCAUGUGAGUUCAUGUGAAGGAGAAGUUUAUGCAUCAAACCCUACACGUCUUUCCUCCUUGGCGCGAGUUCGCCGAGUUGUCGACACCCUAUUCAACACACGUCUUACGACAAGCUACCCCCAGUUCGGAUCAUCCUAUCAUCUCCGGCU